CAGAAAACAAAUUUGUACACAAGGGCUAAACCUCAAGGGAAUAUCCAACGGCCAGGAUCAAAUCGCAUGGCCGUAUGAUUAACCGUGGUUAAGUCGGAGAGAGCUUAACCUAACUCGCCAUAAAAUAGGAAUUCGGCUUUGCAAUCAGGUCGUCGUCUUCUCCCUCAAAUCCCUACUCCAAAUCCUCGCCGUUGCACAGAGAAAAAGAGAAAUCCCUCAAGCAACCAUGUCGGAUGAGGAGCACCAGUUCGAAUCCAAGGCUGAUGCCGGAGCUUCCAAGACCUACCCACAGCAGGCUGGUACCAUUCGCAAGAAUGGCUACAUAGUCAUCAAGAACCGUCCCUGCAAGGUUGUUGAGGUUUCCACCUCAAAGACUGGCAAGCACGGCCACGCUAAGUGUCACUUUGUGGCCAUUGAUAUCUUCAAUGGCAAGAAGCUUGAGGAUAUUGUUCCUUCGUCCCAUAAUUGUGAUGUUCCACAUGUCAACCGUACUGAUUAUCAGCUCAUCGACAUCUCUGAAGAUGGCUUUGUGAGUCUUCUGACUGAGAAUGGGAACACCAAAGACGACCUGAGGCUUCCCACCGAUGAGGCUCUGCUUGCUCAGAUCAAAGAUGGGUUUGCAGAAGGAAAGGACCUCGUGGUGUCUGUCAUGUCAGCAAUGGGAGAGGAACAGAUCAAUGGUCUCAAGGACAUUGGCAAGAACUAGAAGAAGAUGAUGCUGUAGCAUUUUAGCUAUAGUUGAUUGCAAAACAACUGGUUUUUAUGGGGGCUGACGAUGAUUCUUAUCUCUACUAUGCAUGUCUUUGAACAAAAACUUCCCUUUUUUUUCCUUUAUCAAGAAUGUGUCGGUUGUGGUGGUUGAAACAAAAGCUCAUAAUGUUUGGUCUCGAAGUGGGGAGAUAGAAAAAGCCCAGAGCAAGCAGCUGCUGCUUGAUUUCCUGAUUGCAGUGCUGCUACUUGUUACUUGGCUGUAGAAGGAUACAUAGACGAAUACUUCGAAUACUUUCUACUUCGUGUCCUUCUGUUCUUUGCUUUGAGACGAAUGGUUAAUAUCGAUGUCGGUUAUCCUGUGUUUGGUUAUCUGUUCUUGAAUUGGAUGUGCAUAUCUAUUCACGAUGAGGAAGUCUUGUUUGCCUAGCCAUUUCAGGACUACAUUAAAAGGCUCAUCGAGUCAUCGUUAGUAAUUGAGCCUUUACUCUUUAGGGUCUCAUGUUCUGUCGCCCUCAUGCUGAAUGCUGGUUCUGAACCUGGCUGCAAUUUGCAACAAAGGAUGGAUUUUGUUUUGUUCUUUUUAGCUGAAAUGGCUAGGAAAUUGUUGCUUAGCCAUCUCAUAUGUCA